GAAGAAGAAAGCCGGUGAGAAUGACGACGCAAAACGGUAACAAUCGGCGAUCGUCGUUUUCUUCUUCGACGACUUCGUCUUUGGCCAAGCGACAUGCAUCGUCGUCGGAGAAUGUGGGAAAAUUCACGGCUUCUUUGACUAAAAAGAGAGUCCCUCUCACUAACAUUACUAACCAAAAGAAAAGCUCGAGAAGCUCGGCUUCGGCCUCUUCUUUGGUGCCGAGUUCAAACAAAUUUUCAAAGGCAAAGAGUGCAGGUCUCCCAGGACAUGUUCUUCCUCCUACAAACGCAGGUCUCUCGGAACAUGUUCUUCCUCCUCCAAACGUAAGACACAGUUCAGUUUUUCCGCCCAAGGUUGUUUCAUCAUUUUCGAAAGAAAAUGAAGUGGCGUUGCCUCCUUCAACAUUACAGUGUAUCAUGGAGUUUUCUCCUAGUAAAUCAGAAGGUUCAUCAUCAGUUUCUAUGGAUGAGACAAUGUCCACGUGUGAUUCUUUCAAAAGCCCCGAAGUGGAAUACAUGGACAACCGUGAUGUUUCAGCGAUUGGUUCCAUCGAGCGAAAGACAUUCAGCAAUCUCUACAUUUCGGACCAUGAUGUAGAAGCAGCAGGAAACUUCUGCAAUCGAGAUGCUUUGGCAGAGAAGGAAACUGAUACUAAGAUAAUGGAUGUUGAUGGCUAUUACAUGGAUUCACAGCUUUGUGCAACAUAUGCUUGUGAUAUUUACAAGCACCUACGGGCAUCUGAGUUGAAGAAAAUACCUUCCACGGAUUUCAUGGAGACAAUCCAGAAAGACAUAAAUUCCAGCAUGCGUGCAAUACUAAUUGAUUGGCUUGUAGAAGUGGCUGAAGAGUAUAGGCUUGUACCAGAUACAUUAUAUUUGGCCAUUAACUACAUAGAUCGAUACCUUUCGGGGAAUAUGAUGAACAGGCAACAGCUACAGUUACUCGGUGUUGCCUGCAUGAUGAUUGCUGCCAAAUAUGAGGAGAUUUGCGCCCCACAAGUGGAAGAGUUCUGCUACAUAACUGAUAAUACAUAUUUCAAGGAUGAGGUUCUAGAGAUGGAAUCAUCUGUUUUAAAUUACUUGAAGUUUGAAAUGACUGCUCCAACUGCAAAGUGUUUCUUAAGACGGUUUGUUCGUGCUGCUCAAUGGAUCAACGAGGUUCCAUUAAUGCAAUUGGAGUGCAUGGCCAACUACAUUGCUGAACUCUCUCUCCUUGAGUACACCAUGCUUUGCUAUGCUCCAUCACUGGUCGCAGCAUCAGCUAUUUUCCUGGCCAAAUUCAUACUUCUUCCAGCAAAGAAACCCUGGAAUUCUACCUUGCAGCUUUACACACUGUAUAAGCCCUCUGAUCUAUUCGAGUGUGUUAAGGAUCUUCAUAGACUGUGCUGCAACAACGACAAUUCGACGCUGCCCGCAAUCAGAGAGAAGUACAACCAGCACAAGUACAAAUGUGUUGCAAAGAAGUAUUGCCCCCCUUCAAUACCAUCAGAUUUCUUCCAGAACUGAACAAGGCAUUUGAUGACAUCAGCAGAAGCACACCUGUUCCAAUUCUUUGUUGGAUAAAAUGUUCCACUCCGGUUCUGAGAUGAGUUCACUCGGUUGUUCUAAAUCAGCUGCGCAGAUUCUUGUUGAGGACCCGACCGCUUUGAGCAGCUGUCACGACUCACGAACAUUCUAUAAUGUAACUUUUAUUACAUCGCAGCUGUUAAGUCUGUUUCGUUGUUACGGUCGUAUUUUGGAACAUAUGACGUGGUGUAAAUUAUUUAUUAU